CGGGGCCGGCGCCGCUCGGGCUGCCCGGGCUGCCCAGGGCUCACGGGGCCGCCCCGGCGGGCGGGAAGAGCCGGGGCGGGCGGCGGCGGCGUCAUGGAGGAUGAAAUGCCCAAGACCCUGUACGUGGGGAACCUCUCCAGGGACGUGACCGAGGCUCUGAUCCUGCAGCUCUUCAGUCAGAUCGGACCCUGCAAGAACUGCAAGAUGAUCAUGGAUACAGCUGGCAAUGAUCCCUACUGCUUCGUGGAGUUCUACGAGCACCGGCACGCGGCCGCAGCCCUGGCUGCCAUGAAUGGCAGGAAGAUAAUGGGUAAGGAGGUCAAAGUGAACUGGGCCACCACCCCCAGCAGCCAGAAGAAAGACACCAGCAGUAAGGUGUCUUCAACCACUAAAUCCUCCUGUCUCUUUUCCCCCAAAGACCAUUUCCACGUCUUUGUUGGAGACCUCAGCCCUGAGAUCACAACUGAAGACAUCAAAGCAGCCUUUGCUCCCUUUGGAAGAAUCUCGGAUGCACGGGUGGUCAAGGACAUGGCCACGGGCAAGUCCAAGGGCUACGGCUUCGUGUCCUUCUUCAAUAAAUGGGACGCUGAGAACGCCAUCCAGCAGAUGGGGGGGCAGUGGCUCGGGGGGCGGCAGAUCCGAACCAACUGGGCCACCAGGAAACCUCCAGCUCCCAAGAGCACCUAUGAGAGUAGCACCAAACAAUUGUCCUACGACGAGGUGGUCACUCAGUCCAGCCCCGGCAACUGCACCGUGUACUGUGGGGGUGUCACCUCGGGCCUCACAGAGCAGCUGAUGCGCCAGACCUUCUCCCCCUUCGGGCAGAUCAUGGAGAUCCGAGUGUUCCCAGAUAAAGGCUACUCCUUUGUCAGGUUCAAUUCCCACGAGAGCGCUGCCCACGCCAUCGUCUCUGUCAACGGCACCACCAUCGAGGGCCACGUGGUGAAAUGUUACUGGGGCAAGGAGACACCUGACAUGGUCAGCCCUGUCCAGCAGUUGCUGAGUGCUGUCCCACUGUGUCCCCAGGGCCAGCUGAGCUACCCGCCGGCCUACGGGCAGUGGGGCCAGUGGUACGGCGGUGCCCAGCUGGGCCAGUACGUGCCCAACGGCUGGCAGGUGCCAACCUACGGCGUGUACGGCCAGGCCUGGAACCAGCAGGGCUUUGGGCAGAGCCAGUCCUCAGCACCGUGGAUGGGCCCUGGCUACGGGGUGCAGGCAGCCCAGGGGCAGAACGGUGCCGUGGUGCCCCCCCAGCCCGGCUUCCGUGUGGGCUUCGAGACCCCCUGACCCCCCCAGCGUGGUCACUUCUGACCACAGCCACCACCAAUCAUGGAUUG